AUGUCGCGCCUGUUCCUCGCCUGCCUGCUGGCCGUGUUCCCAGUGGUCUCCAUGAAGAGCCCCAUCUUCGGUCCCGAGGAGGUGGCCAGUGUGGAAGGCCGCUCGGUGUCCAUCACGUGCUACUACCCGCCCACCUCCGUCAACCGGCACACGCGCAAGUACUGGUGCCGGCAGGGAGCCAGGGGCCACUGCACAACCCUCAUCUCCUCGGGCGGCUACGUCUCCAGCGACUACACGGGCAGAGCCAACCUCACCAACUUCCCGGAGAGCGGCACGUUUGUGGUGGACAUCAGCCACCUCACACAGAACGACUCGGGGCGCUACAAAUGUGGCCUGGGCAUUAGCAGCCGUGGUCUCAACUUCGACGUGAGCCUGGUGGUCAGCCAAGAUCCUGUACAGACAAGUGAUGUCCACGUCUACCCUGUAGAACUGGGCAGGACCGUGACCAUCAACUGCCCUUUCACGAAAGCAAAUUCUCAGAAGAUAAAAUCCCUGUGCAAGAAGAUAGGCCAGACUUGUGUCCAGAUCAUUGACUCCACCGGGUAUAAGAGCUUUGACUAUGCCGAGAGAGCGCAUCUCAGUAUCCUGGGUACCGACACAUCAGUGUUCAGCGUUGUCAUCAACCAAAUCAGGAGCAGUGAUGCUGGGACGUAUGUCUGCCAGGCUGGAGACGAUGCCAAAGCAGAUAAGAGCAACGCUGUCCUCCAGGUGCUAGAGCCUGAGCCUGAACUGAUUUACGGAGACUUGAGGAGCUCGGUGACCUUUGACUGCACCCUGGGCCCCGAGGUGGCAAAUAUGGCCAAAUUUCUGUGCCUGCAGAAGAACGGGAAAGCUUGUGAUGUGGUCAUCAACACAUUGGGGAAGAAGGCUCAGGACUUCCAGGGCAGAAUCCUGUUCCAGGCCAAGACCAACGGCGUCGUCAGCGUGCACAUUACCAGCCUGAGGAAAGAGGACGCGGGGCGCUACGUGUGCGGGGCCCAGCCUGAGGGUGAGCCCCAAGAGGGCUGGCCUGUGCAGGUUUGGCAGCUCUUCGUCAAUGAAGAGACCGCGAUCCCCCCAAGUCCCUCCGUGGUGAAAGGUGUGAAGGGAGGCUCUGUGACCGUAUCUUGCCCCUACAACCCGAAGGACGCCAACAGCCUGAAGUACUGGUGUCGCUGGGAAGAGGCUCAAAGCGGCCGCUGCCCACAGCUGGUGCAGAGCCAGGGGCUGGUGAAGGAGCAGUACGAGGGCAGGCUGGCACUGUUCGCCGAGCCAGGCAAUGGCACCUACACCGUCAUCCUCAACCAGCUCACCGACCAGGACACCGGCUUCUACUGGUGCGUGACCGACGGCGACUCACGCUGGACGUCCACAGUGGAGCUCAAGGUUGUCGGAGGAGAACCAAGCCUCAAGGCACCCAAGAACGUCACGGCUUGGCUGGGAGAGCCCUUCAAGCUCUCCUGCCACUUCCCCUGCAAGUUCUACUCCUUUGAGAAGUACUGGUGUAAGUGGAGCAACAAAGGCUGCAGCGCCCUGCCCACCCAGGAUGACGGCCCCAGCCAGGCCUUUGUGAACUGCGACCAGAACAGCCAGAUCGUCUCCCUGAACCUGAACACGGUCACCAAGGCGGAUGAAGGCUGGUACUGGUGCGGAGUGAAGGAGGCCCAUCAGUACGGAGAGACAGUGGCUGUCUACGUGGCGGUGGAGAACAGGGUGAAGGGGUCCCAAGACACCAAGCAAGUGAACGCUGCUCCUGGGGGGGCAGCAAUAGAAUCAAGGGCCAGGGCGAUCGAGAACAAAGCCGUUCUGGACUCCAGGUUUUUCGCAGAGGAAAGCGCCGUGAAGGAUGCUGCUGGUGGGCCCGGAGCACCCGUAGAUACCAGCCGCCCUGCAGAACACGGCGGCAGCUCCAAAGUGCUCGUCUCCACCCUGGUGCCCCUGGGCCUGGUGCUGGCCGCGGGGGUCGUGGCGAUUGGAGUGGUCCGAGCCCGGCACAGGAAGAAUGUUGACCGGAUUUCAAUCAGGAGCUACCGGACGGAUAUCAGCAUGUCGGACUUUGAGAACUCCAGGGAUUUUGAAGGACGUGACAACAUGGGAGCCUCUCCAGAGGCCCAAGAGACGUCUCUCGGAGGGAAGGACGAGUUUGCCACCACUACCGAGGACACGGUGGAGAACAAAGAACCCAAGAAGAUGAAGAGGUCAUCCAAGGAGGAAGCCGACGAGGCCUUCACCACCUUCCUCCUCCAGGCCAACAACCUGGCCUCCGCCGCCACCCAGGAUGGCCCAAGAGAAGCCUAG